GCUCGCGUAGUCCCGCUAGUCCCGGACCGCGCGGCAGGGUUCGCGAGCAUCGCGAAUCGUGGCGAGUGGUGGCGAGAGGUCGUCACACGGGCCAUUUUGGAACAUAUCUCCGUCAUCGAGCAGCUGUGCGCAGGAUAAUCGUCCGUUUCGUUUCGCCGCGACAUGUCAACACUCGCUGCCGUCCGCGCUACGUAGAGUGCGGUGUCGCGAGGUUGAUCGUCGAAGCGGCGCGCGUCUGUCCUCGUCGGGGCGAGACGUGGACGCGGAUCGCGAAAUCGUCGUCGUCGUCAUCGUCAUCGUCGUCGUCGCGGGUGGUGGCGUGAAACUUGGUCGCCCGCGGGGGGAAACAAAGAGUCCCCGCGAUCGCGGAGCGCCUCUCGUCAACCUUGACCCGUUCGUCGACAGCAGUGAGCAACAAUUUUGUGGCCCGUUGAAGAUGAUGACGCGUGUGCAAUAGGAAUCUUCCAAGAGUAUACUUAUCUGUACUUCCAGUGGAAGACGCGAGAUUACUGAAAUUUAUAGCCAUGUUUUGCAGUGGUAAAAUAUUAGCUGAAUUAGCUGUGUAAGAGAGGACACGUUGAAAUAUGCGCUUGCCUGGAUUACUUCUAUAAUCACUUCUAUUGUGUAUAUCCUGUUGUAUACAUUACGUGGCAAGUUUAAAUGAGACAAAAUGAGUGGUGAAAGUACGGAAGAAAGCCAGCAGCUACCUCUGGUCCUCGAAGAGAUAAAUCUCGCUUCGAUGCAACCUGUGUUUCCAGACACAAACAAACGAUGCGUGGAUGUGUGGACAGAGAAGAUGAACAAGGGAGUGCUGACGAGUAUUAACUUUAGGGAAUACUGGCGACUUUGGGUGCCAAAGAUAUACAGCCCGGAGCGUAACGGCAACUGUCUGGAAUGGGUCAUCGACGAAGACACGGCGAACAGGAUGCUUCUCAGGACCCUGGAGGAAUUUAUCUGCGGCGGUGAUCCGCAAGCGAUUCUCAAGGAGCUCAGCAUGAUGGACAAUCCACCGUCCAUAUGCGGCAGAUUGUUCAAGAUGGGCGAACCGACGUACAGCUGCAGAGAGUGCGGCAUGGACUCUACGUGCGUUCUCUGCGUGGACUGUUUCAAGCAGUCGGCUCAUCGAAACCACAAGUACAAAAUGGGCACGUCCAGUGGGGGCGGAUGCUGCGACUGCGGCGACCCGGAAGCCUGGAAGAAGGAACCGUUCUGCAAGACCCAUGUGGCGGGGACGCAGACGAAGGAGUCGCGCGGCAACAAACUGCCUGGUGACAUCGCGGAGAGAGCGGUAGUGGCUUUUGAAGCGUUAUUGGAAUACUGUUACGAAUUACUGACUCUGAGGUACACUGUGGCGUUGCCAUCGAAUCUCUGCAUCAGAGACACCGCAUUUUACUCGCUCACGCUCGAUCAAUUGGACAUUUUUGAUACUUACUGCACCGUGCUCUUCAACGACGAGCAUCACACCUUCGAUCAGGUGAUAAACAUGCUCCAGCGCGUUCUCAAGUGCUCGCACAAAGAGGCCGUAGAAUAUGUGACUAAUGUCGACCGGGAGGGCAGAGCCGUGAUAAAGUGCUCGAUAUUUCGGCACUGCAACGAGUUGCGGGGCGACGUCGAGAAAUUCACGUACAGGCAUAGCAAUCGACCGCUCAAGGUGCUCGUCCUUCACACUCACAUAGUCGCCCAUCAGACGUUCGCUAUAAGACUGCUCAAUUGGUUGCAACAAUUCAUAAGUCAUUGCGAGGGUUUCCGCGUCCUGUUUAGCAACAUCGCUCUCAACACGAAGCUACCUGAUAUGUCGGUUGUCGAGGGCAUACUCACGAGAGAUUCGCAACUGUGGAAAUCCGCUAGAACAGUGUGGCACAGGUUAUUCAUUUACGGAAUGCUCGUGGAGUACGAGAGCAAAAAGGCGCUUUCCAUUGUAUUCACAAGUAAUUACGCGUCCGUUAUGAAGGAUUUCAUCAAGGACGAUCAUGAUCAUUCGUUCUCGAUUGUCUCGCUCUCCGUUCAGUUGUUCACCGUCCCGACUCUGGCGCAUUUGCUAAUCGCGCAGCACGAAGCGCUAUUCAACCUCCUGACUACGUUCAUAUCUGAGAGCUCCCGACGAUGUAACGCUACUGGAAAAUUGGAGUUUGAGAGAAACAUGCCGCACCACAACUUCAAACGGGCGCAAUACGUACUUUACGACCUUCGGUACCUGCUGAGCGCAAAACCAGAAGACUGGACGGAUGAUCUGAGACGUGGUUUCUUACAGGGUCUCUCGCUGUUAUUUACUCUUCUUUCCAGUAUGCAGUGCAUGGACGCGGUACUCCGACAAGUCGGACAACAUAUGGAAUACGAGCCGGAAUGGGAGUCGGCGUUCAAUCUACAUAUAAAACUGUCACCAGUCAUUACGCAGGCCUUGGAGUGGUGCAGCUCGGACCGCGUGGUGCUGAUCAAAUCCUUUAUGGCGCUUCUGAAAAAACUAUAUGAACAGCAGGGUAUUGAGCAGCCGCCGAGCCAGGUGCGAGAACUGGCGGAUCAUAGCGCAACGUGCCUGCAAUACGAUGUGGCGUCCGAACCAGUUUCCAUCCAUCUGCCGCUCUCGAGAUUCCUCGCCGGCCUGUUUCUGCAUCUGGAAAAAUACAAUUUACAUUUUCAGUCGCCCGAAUUCAACAAUCCGAUGAAACCGACGCCCGAACAGAUCAUCGAUCCCGUGUUGACGGCGCAGGCCAUGAUCUCGCAGGUGCACGCGGGCAUGUGGCGACGAAACGGCUACUCUCUGCUGAAUCAGCUGUACUUCUAUCACAAUGUCAAGUGCCGCACCGAGAUGCUCGAUCGGGACAUCGUUUUGUUGCAGGUCGGCGCGUCACUGAUAGAAAGCAACGAAUUCUUGAUUCACGUCCUAAACAGGUUUAAUCUCUUUAACUGGGUGCAGCCAGAUUUCGAGAUGAACGCCUUGAAGAAUCCGGAAGAGGACAGUAUGCGGCAGACGAUCAAUCUAGUGGAGGAGUUCUUGGGCUUGCUUAUCACGAUCAUCGGCGAGAGAUACGUUCCCGGGGUCGGUCAGGUGACCGCGGACGAUCGUCUCAAGAAGGAGAUCAUACAGCAGCUGUGUAUAAAGCCUCUCUCACACUCGGAGCUAAGCAAGACGUUACCGGAGGACGUUGUUUACAACGUUCAGAGCGAAUUGGAAAGAGUGAUACGCGAGGUAGCGGAGUUCAAGAAGCCAGUACAUACAUCGGCAAAGGGAGUGUACGAACUCAAUCCGAACUUGUACUCGGAGUACAACGUAUUCUUUUAUCAUUAUACGAAGGAAGAGCACAGCAGAUCCGAAGAGGUUCAACGAAAACGCCGGAAAGCUGAGGGAGAACUAGAAUGUUGUCCGCCGCCGAAAUUGCCUCGACUAACGGAAUCGUUCAGUCUGGUGGCGAAUCUGUUGCAAUGUGACGUUAUGCUCCACAUCAUACAGACUGUGCUGGAACGCGCGCUUAAUUUCAUAGCUAGGAGUUUCUCCGAACCGCAGGUACACAAGGUAUUAUAUCUGAUCGGUUAUGCAUUGCAGGAACAGGAAUCCGGCUACUAUCCCUUCCUUGCGUUUCCCGAGCGGGCAGCAAAAUGGAAGAUCUACAAAUUACUGGAGAAUCUGACCACCAGCCCGCGCAUGGACGCUCACAAGGAUCUGCUCACAUGGGUCUUGGCGAAGUAUCGUCAGGUCGCCAGUUUGAGCGGAAAAGAGACCAGUCCGGCGCCUGUUGUGCUCAAGGAGCAGCAAGCGGGCGAUGAUGCUAACACCAAGGAAACGGAUAAAGAGUGGCGGACGAAAAUGGCAGCUCAGAAGCGUGCCAAGAUCAUGGCGCAAAUGGCAGCUAUGCAGAAACAUUUCAUGAAGAAGAAUGCCACUCUGUUCGAAGAAGCAAGCUUGGACGCCAAUAGCAAAACCAAUGAUCGUGGUUCUGCCAUGGACCUGACGGAGGCCUCUUGUCAGGAAGGUGCCCCAGUUGCCGUCGGCAUCGGUCAAACUAGUAGGUUGUGCGAGCAGAAAGUGUACACGUGCAUUCUGUGCCAAGAGGAUCAGAGCGUGACGGAAAUCGGUGCGGCAAUGGUGUUAGCCGCGUUUGUUCAGCAAUCUACCGUGUUGUGCCAACGGCACGGCGACUUUGAAGAACCUGAUGCGCUGUAUCUCUCGGCAAAAUUAGGCAUGUCGCCGCACGUUAACACAUGCGGCCACGUGAUGCACUCUCGCUGCUGGCAGGAUUAUGUCGACCUCGUGCUCGCCAAGGAGAAUCGGCGACCCUAUAGAUCACGACAACAGGCUAGCUUUGACGCUGACAACCAUGAGUAUCUCUGCCCGCUGUGCGAGUGUCUCUGUAACACCGUUCUUCUGCUCGUACCGCCCUUAGGAAUGAUGCAACCAACCCCGGAGCCUCAGCCGGAUAUUACUUUCGAAACGUGGCUGAAGGUAAUGUCGCUCACAAUGGAAUGCAAGCCGAACAGGAAAUUUGGCAAGAUCAUAGAGAAAGAGAAAGAUGAGGAUAAUCGAUUGGAAGUGAGGAUAGUCAAUCCCAUAACGGUCCUCCGUCAGCAGCUCGAGGGUGCCUGGGAACCGGUCCAGACGCAGUAUUCGCGAUCUGGGCCACUAAUCGCGCGAAGGAUGGAAGCCAUGCUCAACAUGUAUGCUUCAAUUUUUGUGCAUCACACGUACAAGGGAUUCGGUUGUUUCGACGGCGAGCCGAAGGUGCCUUUGUUAGCCUGGAAGUCAGUGUCAUAUACGAUUCAUGCGACAGAGUUCCUGUUGCGCGAUCUGGACAAGCCACUGCUGGGCGCCAUGACCUCCCGACAAAACGACUGUCUCGAGAACCUCGUGCGAGUAUCAACCCUUCUGGGUUCGAGUUACUCGAACCGCGCAAACCUUUGGGCGCAUCGCGAAAACAUCAAAAUGUAUGCGGCGUCAUUGCUGACACUGUUGAUAGAGGCACCGUCCACUGGACCCAGCAUUUUCGACAUCGAUCCGUUCGGCGUAUUAGUACCGCUCAUUAACACGCUGCCGAGCAUCUUUCACACGAAGGCGCACGAGGCGGCUCCAAAUCCAACGCCUAUCAUUACGGGCGACGUGUUUGAUUCGCAUGUGCUCAAGCUUGUGUUUCUGUCCCAUAUAGCAAAAAUCCUGUACACCUCCGACUUCACCGAUGCGAUGGAACUCGACAGCCACGAGACGGAGGACGAUGAAAACGGAGAGGACGAGAAUGUCGUCGAGAGCAAAAUGGAUUUUGCCCUGUUCCAUAUUUUAGGUGUGCACUAUGACAAACCGAGAGCCAGCGACGUAUGGCGACGAGUGGAGGCCGCCUGUCGACCCUUCCUCCGAUGUUGCGCUAUCUACUUCCAUUACGUGACCGACGUGCCGCCGCCAAGCGAAUUGACGCAGGUGCGCGGCGACACGUACGAGAAGCUCUGUCAGUACCUGGGACUGCCCACUACCUGCGACGCUUUAAUCUACUCCCAUCUGGAGGUCGCCCUAAAGCUGAUGGCCGUGUGGCGGAGACACCCUACCGUCUGGAAUCACAUGUCGGGCGAGAGAAAGGUGUCAAUUAUCAAGGACCCGUUGAAGGUCAACAAGCUAAUAGAUCUGCCGGACGAUUAUAGCGAGCUCAUCAACUCGAUGUCUCAGUUCACCUGUCCGAACAGCGAUCGGGAAGACUCGCGUAAUCCGACGAUGUGUCUAGUCUGCGGGGAGAUGCUCUGCUCGCAGAGCUACUGCUGCCAGAUUGAGCACAACAAGACUAUGGUAGGUGCGUGCACGUUCCACGCGAACAAGUGCGGCUUCGGCGUCGGUAUGUUUCUGCGGGUACGCGAAUGCGAGAUCCUAUUGUUACGCCCUCCUAAUCGCGGUGCCUUCGUCUGCCCGCCGUAUCUCGACGAGUACGGUGAGACGGAUCAGGGAUUGCGGCGCGGUAACCCAUUGCAUCUCUGCCACGAGAAGUACCAACGACUGCACCAUAUGUGGCUCGGUCAUGGAAUCCACGAGUCCGUCACCCGAGCAUUUGAACAGUCCUCGAACAACCUGAUGCCGACCCAGUGGCAACAUCUGUAACUCCGUGGGAUCCCUGCUAUGAUGCAGAUCUGACGUUUAGACAAGGAAAAAAGAAAGGAAAAAAAAAUGUGAGAAAAGAUUUGAUUUUUACGCUUAAGCGAAGCUGUAGCAGCCUAAGUAUUGAUUGUUGAUCGUCCACAAUUCGAUCCGCGUUUACAACGAGAUCGAUGAAAUUAAUUUAUUCGGUGCUCGCACACGAAGAUACGGCUUUGUACAUUUAAAAACGAUAAUUAUAUAUGUUAUUCCCUUUUCAUAUAUGUCACCCCGCCCUGCCUCCCUUCGCGUGGCAACCGCCGUUUUUACAGUUUAUCGAUAUUGUGGUUUCGAAGUUUACAAAAUUUCUAUUUUUAGAUUGUUUCGAAGUUAAUGAAAUUUCUAUAUUAUCCGUUACGUAAAUUAUUAUAUGGCUCUGUUCGCAUAUUUAUUAAAAAUAUUACGAAGGUUGUUGCAUACGUGUUUUGUUGCUUGUAGAUGCGAGUUCGUGAUUAACAUGACGCUCCAGUACUCGACCGAUCGUCACGAAUUGUUUUAUUUGCGAAAAUCGGAAUUUUUCUGCGUGUACAAACGACGGAGCCUGCGCUCUAGAUCACUACGAAGACCUAGAACAAUGAGUGAAAGGGCGAUUUACCAUUCAUCUACAUUAGCACGAUGCAAUUAGCGAUCAUGCUGCAACGGUAUUGCGAUUUUUAUAGUUAACAAUCGCGAAUUAUUCUAGGUCGACGAGUCUCUUUUUUUUAUCCUCCUGCUUUUGCCCCCACUUAACGUUAAUUCACGCGUAUGGACAGAACAUGAAAAGGCAGAAGAGAAUACGCGAUUAUGUUGGAUGAAGUAAUUUUUAAAGUCUCAAUGGUGUGUGAAAUAAAUGAUACGUAACUUAACAUUUGUUUCUCUCUCUCUAUCUCUCUGUCUCUCGUCGCUAGUCUCUUCUAGAUGCUCCUCUGGAAGCGAAUGUUAACAAGCCGCUCCGCGACACUGAAGAUCCGGCGUCGUACUUGACUCUUCGUUUGUUCAACGCAUGCGAUUCAGCUGAUUCUUACACCUGUAACCGGAUAUAGAGGAUAAUUAAGAUUAAUAUUAUUAGAGGAAGAAGUGUGUAAAUACUGAGAUUGUAAGAUUCAUGGAUUGCUCAUCUUUCAUUUGUGUAUACCGCGAUUCGCUGCAAGAGGAUGACAAUUUGUAGCGCGUUAUUCUAUCAGAUCGAUCAAUCUUUACUUUCUUACAUUUCUUUCUCUAUCCCUUUAGGCUUAGAGGCCCCGUCUUCGUCGUUUACGAAGCGACACGAAUGUCGAAAUCGACAGAAAAAAUCAAUGUGGCGCAUUUCGCAGAGGCCAACGAGUCCGCGAUGGAAGACAGUACAACGUUUUUGCGUUCAUCGUUACACCCGGAUUGCUUAAACGAAAUUACAAUGUCCUGGCACCCGGUGUUUCUAGCAAUACGUACGAGUGGUUGUGCCGCUGUAUAUUAGAUAGCUUAUUGUAAGGUCGAUAAUGCAAUGAUCAAUAGCGUUUUGAUGAUACUCGUGAAGAUACGUAUAUAUUAUAUACGAGUUGCAUAAUUGUAUUUGUUAUGGACAACAUUAAUACAUUGAUGCGGACGUUGUCACACGUCGUUAAUUGUACAUUGAUUUAGGUGUAUUUGUACUAAAACUCGCAGAAUGCGAGGUGAUGAUUUCGGAAUAUAAAUAUAAAUUCGAACGCUG